AUGCCAGUCACGGAAAGUGAAUUCCAAACCCACGCGGAGCUCGUGAAAAAAUACAAACAGUGCACGAACGACGAACAGCUCGAACUGUACGGAUGGUUCAAACAAGCCACGGUGGGGGAUUGCAACACAGAACGCCCGGGGAUGUUUGACUUAAAAGGGAAAGCGAAAUGGGACGCGUGGAAAUCGAGAGAAGGGAGCGGGAAAGGCACCGCGAUGGAGAAGUAUUGCGAAGUCGUGCGAGGUAUUCAAGAGAAGUACGAUUGA